AUGGAAGUGAAGGUUGAUGGUCGGCAGCUACACUAUUUGCGCUUUGCUAAUGACAUCGUAGUAAUAACACCUAGCACUAGCCAAGCCGAACGAAUGCUGACCGAAUUUGAUGAAACAUGUGGAUGCAUCUGUCUUCAGCUGAAUCUGCAAAAGACGAUGUUCAUGCGCAACGGAUGGGUCUCGGAUGCCCCAUUCACGCUCAACGGAACGAACAUAUCCGAAUGCUCCAGCUACGUUUAUCUGGCAGUAAGCGAGCCACUUGAGAAGCAUAUAAGGGGCUUCGAGGAUGUAGUGAAGAAGACCAGGAACACCCGGCUCCGUGCUCACCUUUUCAACACCACCGUACUUCCCACUUUGACCUAUGCUUCGGAAACCUGGGCAUUUCGCAAGCAGGAAGAAAACGCGGUGAGCGUCAUUGAACGCACAAUUGAGAGAGUGAUGUUAGGAGUAUCCCGGUUCACGCAAGUAAGGGACGGGAUUCGAAGUUCUCUCCUACGUCAGCGAUCAAAGAUAAGAGACUCUGCUGCGUUUGCCAAGGAAAGUAAAAUAAGGUGGGCGGGACACGUGAUGCGCUUUAAUGACAACCGCUGGACCAGAGCCGUGAGCGACUGGGUUCCCCGCGAUAUUAAGCGCACUACAGGAAGACCGCCGACCCGAUGGUCAGAUUUCUUCACGAAGUCCUUUAAAGAAAAGUAUGAUGCUCUUCGUGUCCCACGCGAAAGGAGGAACCACUCGGCUACUCUGGCACGCGACCGGGACAAAUGGAAGAAGUGCUGGCGCCCGCUCGAUCAGUUCAAAGAUCAAAGGGAGUCAAGAUGA